CUGCUUCCGGCGCCGGAAGCUGGAGUGGAGUGGAGCUGAAAAAUAUGGAGUUGCUACUCCGGAUUUAUUUUUCUGAAGCUGGAGUGUUCUCAAACAGGCCCUGAUUCUCUGAAUAACUUUUUUUUAAUAGCAGGGUGAUUGAAGACUAGAUGCCGAAGAUUAAUUCGCAUUCUACUCGGUCUUACCUAGCGGAUUGAAUGGGCUCGGGCUGAACCGCCACAUAUAUACGUGCCGAGCAACAAAUUUGUGCGGUAAUCGCGAUCGCUGAAACAACCAUGGCAGGCUCGCGCCGUCGCCGCCGGUUACGGAGGCAGAGGCAGCGGGCGGCCGCCGCCGAGCGCGACCUCCCGCCGAAUCCGACGACGCCCAACGCCCAAGAUCCCAGCGCCAGCGUCGUCGACCUCCCGCCGGAGCUGCUGGCCGAGAUCCAAUGCCGCCUCGGCUUCGUGGACCGCCUCAACUUCUUGGCAGGCUGCGGCGGCGCCGGGACAUCCUUGCUCCGGCACAAGGCGGAGGCGCCCUGCCUCGUCCUCCCCGGUGAGACCACGGACGCGAUGACGCUCUUCUCCACGGCCAGCCGCGAGACCGGCACCGGGCGCGCCCCGGACCCCGCGAUGCGCGGCCACGUCGUGCUGAGCUCCACGGACGGGUGGCUCGUCACGGCCGACGCGCAGGCCACCCUACGGAUGGCCAACCCGGUCACCGGCGAGCAGGCGGAGCUGCCGGGCAUCGCCACGGGAACUAUCCCCUUCUUCUCUUCCUGCGGCUCCCACAUCCUCGACAGCAACCUCUUCGAGGCGGUCCGGUUCGGCGGCCUGCCCAACGGCGAGCGGCGGCCGCCGCUCACGUUGGCCAAAUGGCAGAUGCGCAAGUGGUUCUACCGCAAGGCCGUCCUCUCCACCUCGCCGCGCCCGGGCAGGUACGCCGCCAUGCUCAUCCUGGCAAGGGAGUUCGGCGCCCCGGCCUUCGCGACGGCCGGCGACCCCGCGUGGAGGCUGGCCCCCUCUCGCGAUGGCGUCGAGGACGCGAUACACCACGAGGGCCGGUUCUACUCGGUAACCUACGCCGGCGUCGUCGAGGCGUGGGACCGCGAUGCCGAGACCGGCGAGUUCACGAGCACGCCCGUCGCGCCAGGGCUGCCCGGCGGCGAGGACGUCCGGCGCCGGAAGUACAUCGCGGCGGCGCCGGACGGGCGGCUGAUGGCCGUGCUCAAGGACUCAAAGAAGGAGGCCAUCAAGGUGGAGCACUACUGGCCACGCGAGCAGCUCGAGUCGCCCGUCUUCGAGGUGUGGGUGUUCGACGGGGAGCGCCGGCAGUGGGUGACGGCGCCGGACAUUGGCGACUUGGCGCUGUUCGUGGGGGUGAACACCUCGGUGUGCGUGUCGGCGAAGGAGCACCCGGGGAUCAGGGGCGGCUGCGUCUACUACACGGAUGACGAGCUCGGAAAGGCCUCCUUGCGCCUGGAGAGGGACGGGUACCCAUCACACCGUUCGUCCAUUGAUGGCGACUGCAGCUAUGAGCUGCGGGACCUCGGCGUGUACGUCCUCAAAGACGGCACCGUGGAGAGGGUCGAGGGGCUCCGACGGCACCCUUGCUGGCCGCCGCCGGCGUGGUUUACGCCGUCCGUGUAACGUAAUGAUCGUCACUCAUGACUCUUAAUCAGUUGCAAGAGUUUUUUUUUUGGUUUGAGGAAUUUAUUCAGUUCUUUUUAAGGCAAGUGAUCUAUUCUACUGGAGAUCGGGCAACUCGAUCUUGAGGAAGCAUCACGUUGUGUCGUUGUGACUGCUCCUCUCUUUCGAGAGACAGAGCGAGAGAGCAGUAGUAAGACAAAAU